GCUCCGGUUGGUGGGGUGGGCGUCCUCGUCUGCUCCCUGCUCCUCCUCCUCUGGUCCUCUACGGCGAGCUCUGCGCCACCGCCCCCACCGUCGCCGGCGCCGUAGGCGGGAUGACGGCGGCUUCGAGGCUGUCCUACAAGAACGCCACCGUCGCCCUGUGCGCCAUCAACGUCCUCGCGGUGGCGCUCCUCCUCCGCAGCCUCUUCUCGUCCUGGCCGCGGAUCGCCGGCGGCCACCGGUUCGAUUCAGCUCAGCUACGGUAUAUAUGGGAGUCUGAAGAGUUGCGCCGUGCUAUGGAGCCUGUGGAUUUGAUUAGGAGGGUGAAGGAAAUUGAGCAAGAAGCUUACGGAGAGCCUGGCAUGUCAGCAACGCAAGAAGGGACGGCUGCUGUUGACUUAUCGAAGAGGUUGAAAGAUUUACGGCAAGGGAAUGACGGCAGCAGCCAAAGAGCUCUGGAGGAGUGGCGCAAGCGGAAGAUGGAGCGGGCGAGGCAGCGGGCGAUCGAGAAGGACGGGAAGAUGCCCGGUGCAAAAACACCAUGAAGCGUACAUUGGUAGUACAAGCAAAUCCAGAACACAAGGGUGGGGGGGUGGGCGGUAUUCUUCUUCUCCUGCUGCUGCUUAGCCCCCCGGGGGUUGCCACGGCGCGUAAGCAACCAUGUUCAUCGGUCCGUUGAAGGGAUCGUAGCCGCACGACGUUCUGCCGUGCCUGUAAAAUCACCUGUAACACAUACUGCCGCGUUGGAGGCGAAAAUGAAUGAAGUUUAACGA